GGCGGAGUUAAGACAGAAGUGGGCAUGGGUCUGUUUUUUUAUUUCUCUCCUGCCUUUGGUAUUGAGUUGCUGCCUGAUAGGGAAAGCAGCAGUAGCAGCAGCAGCAUCAGGCAAGCGAAGGAGGAGGUGGGGAGAAGAUCCUCGGGCAGAGCAGGGAGGAGAGGAGGUUUGCUCAUUGCUUUGGAGACCUCUCUGGUGUUCGUGUGAUACACGGUUCAUGUUGCUGCCUCGAUAACACGCUACACCCUGAAAUACAGUUUCUCAUGAAGGGAUUCAAGCCCAGUCACAUGUAAAGACGUUCUGCACCUGCCUUCCCUUCUGCCAUGUUCUGUGGCUCUCAACACAAGGAGGGUUUGUCUUCAUGAAGAUUCCCAAUCUUGGUAAUGUGAUGAAUAAAUUUGAGGUCCUUGGGGUUGUAGGUGAAGGAGCGUAUGGAGUGGUGCUUAAAUGUCGACACAAGGAAACAAAAGAAAUUGUGGCCAUCAAGAAAUUUAAAGAUAGUGAAGAAAAUGAAGAAGUCAAGGAGACGACACUCCGAGAACUUAAAAUGCUUCGCACCCUGAAGCAAGAAAAUAUAGUGGAGCUGAAGGAAGCAUUUAGACGACGAGGAAAAUUAUACCUAGUAUUUGAAUAUGUUGAAAAAAACAUGCUCGAGUUGCUGGAAGAAAUGCCGAAUGGAGUGUCUCCAGAAAAGGUCACAAACUACAUUUAUCAGCUAAUCAAAGCAAUUCACUGGUGUCACAAGAAUGAUAUUGUUCAUAGAGACAUCAAGCCAGAAAAUCUUUUAAUUAGCUAUAAUGAUGUCCUAAAGCUGUGUGACUUUGGGUUUGCACGGAACCUGUCAGAAGGCAGCAAUGCCAACUAUACAGAGUAUGUGGCUACACGGUGGUACCGCUCUCCAGAGUUGCUUCUUGGGGCUCCAUAUGGAAAGGCAGUUGACAUGUGGUCUGUGGGCUGUAUUCUAGGAGAGCUCAGUGACGGGCAACCCCUUUUUCCUGGAGAAAGUGAAAUCGACCAGCUGUUCACUAUCCAAAAAGUCUUAGGACCCCUUCCAGCAGAGCAGAUGAAACUCUUUUACAGCAACCCUCGUUUCCAUGGAAUGCGGUUUCCCGCAGUUAAUCAUCCUCAGUCACUGGAGAGACGAUAUCUGGGAAUAAUCAGCAGCGUUUUGCUUGACCUAAUGAAGAAUUUACUGAAGCUGAAUCCAUCUGAUAGAUACCUGACUGAACAGAGCUUGAACCAUCCAGCAUUCCAAACCCAGAGGCUCUUGGAUCGUGGUGGAACCUCUCCUAGGUCAUCUAAGAGGAAAACUCACCAUUCUGACAGUAACUCUGCUAGCAGAAAACAGUCUAGCAAAAGCUCUUCGGGUCAGCCACACCAUCGAUCAAACAGCAAAGAUACACAGACUCUUUCAGUUGGACCAAAACGAAGUGAAGAAUCUCAUCCUCCAAAUGAAACCUUUAUAAAUGGAGCCCAUCCUGCAGGAUCCCAUAGUCCGCAAGUCCACCAAAAAAAAACCAGUCAGAGUGGGUCGGGCAACAAGGAUUCUGCCAGUAACAACUUACCGCACCUGCUUAGUCCAAAGGAAGCAAAGUCAAAGAAUGAGUUUGAUUUCAGUCCGGAGCAAAAGACUUCAGAUGUACCAGGGACCAAAUACAUGAAAUCAAGUUCACGUUCUCAACAUAAUCGGCAUUCAUUCAUGGAAGGGAAAACAGGGAGCUGGCAGCCAGGUGAAAAGCAUACUCGUCACAGCUAUAUUGAUACCAUUCCUCAGUCAUCAAAGAAGAGCAGUUCCUACAUGAACUAUUCCAAAAGUCAUGGUGUCCUGACAGACUCUAAAUCAGUUGGCAAUCUUAGUGAAGCUAGAGGCCAAAUAUUAGAACCUAACAGUAGAUAUUUUCCGUCUAGUUGUCAUGACUUAAACUCUCCAACAAGCCCAGCAGCCCCUAGGCACGUGGACAGUAGAGGCAUGCUAAGCCCCUCUGGGAGAACAAAUAGAAAAGAGGGAACUUUGGAGUCUCGAAGACCCACUACAAAACACUCAAGAGCAAUGGAAGAGUUGAAACCUCCCGAUCAAAUGGACAAUAGUCAUUCACAUUCUCUGUCAGCUCCACAUGAGUCUUUUUCCUAUGGCCUUGGUUAUACUAGUCCUUUCUCCUCGCAGCAACGCCCUCACAGACACUCUAUGUAUGUAACCCGGGAUAGAGUGCGGGUUAAGGGUACAGAUGCAGGACUUAAUGUUGGUCAGGGCAUGGCAUCGAGAGCCAGUAGUCUCCAGCUAUUAUCACCUCAGGUACAGCAUCGAACUUUAACAAGGUCUGUUGGAUCUUCACGAGAAGAUUGUACAGAAGACACUACUAGGCAGGGUGACCAGGUUGCAUCUGAGGUGACCCACUCAAGAACAUUAGCUAAAGACCCCAACAGAGAUGGUGCAGCUUCAUUUCACACGCGACAAAAGACUGAGGGAGGUCCAUACCAUGAUUCUCACCCUGAUGAUGGAGCUGCAUCUAAAGAAAACCGGCACAUAUACAGUGACACAGUUCCCAGACGUGUUGGCAGCUUCUACAGAGUUCCAUCGCCGCGCCCAGAGGGUACGUUUCAUGAAAACACUGUAUCAAGCCGUGGCACUUCUCACCCAGUUGAUAGCAGCGGGGUAACAAACCACUCCAAGAGGCAGACUACAUUUGAUCACUGGACAGGGGCGGAAAAAAGCCAUUCCGAACAAAUUAAGGAGAAGGAGAAGCAGGGAUUUUUCCGAGUUAUUAAAAAGAAAAAGAAGAAAUCUCAAACAACAGACUCCAAUGACUCUGAGAAACCGAGACUCAAGAAAAGCCUCUUCCCGCUGUUUAGUUCAAAGAACCAUUUAAAGCGCAGCUCUUCUCUGAAAAAGCUGCCUGUAGUCAGUCCUCCAAUGAUGCCUAGUUCUGACGGCCAAGAUCAUCUCCCUGUUCAGAAAGGUGUGCACACUUCAAGUCACAAAAGUAGUCGGCAAAAAGAAUGGCGCCCAGACAAGAUGGCGGAAAUACAUUCCCAUAGUCAACCACUAAAAUCUCUUUGGAAGCUUCUGCAUCCAUCGUCCUCUUCAAACCACCCAAUGCCGCCAGAUCCUCGUUUUCAGCCUUUACCAAAUCAGCCCCCUAAAACCCCAUCCUUCCCUGAAGCUAGGAUUCAUCCUGUGGGUCAAACUUCAAGUAGUGGAGGAGUCAUCCAUCGGCAGGAUCCGCAGCCAAAAAGCAGACAAGGUCUUCAAAUCCCUGGGCAAGCGGAACCCGUUUGGCACGUUUCACCCUUAAACAGAGGGACCAAAGAAGGAGCUCCUUUUCCUGACCCGCUAGCUUCAAAGACUGGACAAAACGGGCUCCCUUUUAACCGGACAAAAAGAACACGAUUGCCAAACCUGAAUGACUUAAAAGAGACAGCUCUUUAGUUGCUACGGUAUACAUGAAAGUUAAGGUUGAUUUGGAGAAGAGGCUUCAAACUAAAAUGUAAUCAAGUACUUAUAGCUAUUGAUAUGUGCAAUAUGCAGCAAACCACCCCAACUACUUCUAUUAAUUCUUAGGUUAUCUCCUAUCAAUAUUCCUUGUGGCAUUAACAGAAGAUACUGCUAAACUAUUGGUCCCUCUAUAAGGUUAAAACAUUUUCUUCUGGUUGAUACCCGUGCAGAGAGGCCGUUUUUUUUAGGAUAAAAAUAAUAUGGUUGUGUCAAGGCAGCAUAAACGGGGGCUGUCCUGACAAACUUUCGUAAAUUGAGUCUGUAGAGCCACGCGAUCAACAAUAUUACUCUUUAAAGUUUAAAUCUGAUUUACAUAGAGCACCUAAAGGUGGACAACAAAGAACCUUAGCCUUGAUCAUAUUCCUGAGUGUGAACAUAAAUGCCGACACCUGUCCAUUCACAUUGCCGAAGUACUAAAAAGUGGACUUUGUAUGAUACAAGUUUAUCCCUGUCUGGGGGUUUUUUUCUAGGAAAAAAAAAAACUUCCAUAUUUGAUAUUUUUUGUAAUAUUUAUUUAUGAUGAAUUAUUUCCAUAAAUUCAUAUCAUUGUUACAAUGUCAAGUUAUUUUGAGCUGUUCCGAACAUUGUGAAGCCGUACCACAGCUAAAAGUAGUUUAUAUAAAAUCUUACAAUAUAACAUUUAUACAUUGCAUUAAGAGUAUUAUAUUCAAUAUUAUAUAGAUCUCUCUCUCUAUAUAUAUGAUAUAUAUGCUUACACACUCACACAUGGGUGUGUGUAACAUGUGAAUAUGUUAAAUAACUGUCAUUUUUAUAAUUAUGAACAUUUAGGGAAAAAAAAGUAUUGUUAUGACACUUCUGCCAUAUUUUUAUACAUUUGUGCAGUAUUAUACUUCUAAUAAAGGGGAGUAGUAAAACUA